UCCAAACAGCACCAAUCCGUGAUAUGUAGCAUAGAGCUGUUUUACAAUCUCUGAGACAGAAAAAGAAGCAAUGUAUCUAUUUCUGUAGCGCGUCUGGAACAUAUCAUCAGUUCAAAAUCAUGUUUAUAAGCAAUUCUCACUAAAUCAAGAGAAAGCGUUGUAUUCUUUUUUAGUAUUAAAGAGAUAAAACAAUGUUAAGUAUGUUUCCUGAGCUGUUAAAGUGACCCUAAAUUCUCCAGCACCCCAAACAGAAGAUUAGGGUUAAUAGCUUGCACGGUGAUAAUGACAUUAGAGAUAUGCUUCUUGCACAAGAUAUCAAUCAUAACAGGGAAGAAACAAGCCAAACUCAAUAGAAAAACUUUGCCCUCAAAUUCCAGUGAGCGUUUAGGCUGUAAUGGACCAUGAAGGGAUGGAUGAAUCACUCAGGGUCUCUUCCACUGACCUCUUUUUUUGGGCAGUGUCAUCAUUCGCCCACUGGUAUGGGAAUGUGUGUGCGUGUGUGUGUGUGUGUGUGUGUGUGUGUGUGUGUGUGUGUGUGUGUGUGUGUGUGUGUGUGUGUGUGUGUGUGUGUGUGUGUGUGCGUGUGUGUGUGUGGGCCUGAGCACUGGACGUUAUCUGACACAGUGUUUGUGAGAGUCUGAGACAUGCUCGUCGUGUCCGCCAGGCAACCUUGGCGACAUGGCCGUUGGAACAGUGAGGUGAUGUGUGUGUGUUUAUCUACACAGUGAUAGCACUGCGGCCUUGUGACCGGUCCUCUUAUAUAUACAGCACUUGCAAAAGCCUACAGACAGAAAUCCAAAUCCUCUCCACCAGCACUGUUCUGUUCGUGCACCUCUUCCGAGAAGAUUUACAGCUCAGUCAGAUAUUGAAACUCUGCGGUUGACUUGCUUUUAUAGUUUUACAGUUCUCUUAACACUCCUGUAACAGAAAAAAAAAUGCUGCCUGCAACCUUCAAACUGUGUGCUGGCAUCUCCUACCGGCAUAUGAGGAACAUGACAGGUUUGAGGAAGAAUGCCAUGGUGGCUAUUCACCAUGAGCUGAACAGACUGGCAGGUCCAGGCUCCAGUAACUGGAUCAGUCAAGUCCGCCGACGGAGCUCCUUCCUCAGUGCUCGUAUUGAAGAGGAGCAGGGGUACAACGAGCAGGAGAUGUCUUAUGUGAAGCAAGGUGAGGAUGCACUGCAGAAGGCCAUCAGCAUCCUCAGCGAACAAGACGGCUGGACCAUUGAAACUGUGGCUGCAAAUGGAGACAAAGUCCUGAGUAAAAUGCUGCCCGACAUCGGGAAGGUGUUCAAGCUGGAAGUAAUGUUGGAGCAACAUCCUGACAAUCUUUACAAUGAGCUGGUGGGAAACAUGGAGCAGAUGGGGGAGUGGAACCCAAACGUCAAGCAGGUCAAGAUCCUUCAAAAGAUCGGCAAGGAAACAAUGGUUACCCACGAGGUGUCUGCAGAGACACCAGGUAACGUGGUGGGACCGAGGGACUUUGUCAGCGUCCGCUGUGCCAAGCGUCGAGGCUCAACCUGCUUCCUGGCUGGGAUGUCCACUAAGCACCCGAACAUGCCUGAACAGAGGGGUGUGGUCAGAGCGGAGAAUGGACCUACCUGUAUAGUCAUGAAGCCCUGUGCUGAAGACCCAAAUAAGACCAAGUUCACCUGGUUACUAAAUAUAGAUCUAAAGGGCUGGAUCCCGAAGACAAUCAUAAACAAAGUGCUCUCUCAGACGCAGGUGGACUUUGCCAACCACCUCAGGCAAAGGAUGGCUAAUAAUGUUUCUAUGGAGAUGGCUCACGCCUGCUGACACAAAGAUGCCUCUUGAGCUUUGGCACAGUGAAAGGAGAGCAACCCUUGCUCGUUAAACAAAAAAAAAUCAUAUAAAUAUGCUUAUAACCUGCUGAAGAAACACGGAAGAAUACAGAGCGUUACGAAGAUGAUGCUUGUCUGAGAUCUUAGGAAAAAAAACUGCGUACAGAUGUUGGUUUCAGUUGGCAGAUGUGUGUUUUUUAGCUCCCUCUAUAAUAGAAAAUCUGUCAUGAGAUUUUGCAUUUAACACAACCGUGUGCCUCCUCGAUUGUUUCUGACACAUCACUUGGCACACUGAGUCAGUGUGAGCAGUAAAACAUGUAACAAAACUGCACAUUGUUUCCUUCUGAUAACACCCCAGUCAUUGUCCCUCCCUCUGCUGUGAAACUGCACUUUUAUUUCAGUGUUUAAUUUAUUGAUUUAUUGAUUACGCUACAACGACUGCCAAGUGAAUAAAUGAUUGUAAAGUCAGUGAUAUUUAUGUCUUUAUGCUUUUAUUGUGCUGUUGGAGAUGAAGACGAAAAAGCAGUUUGGAUAAUGAUUGCUCUGUCCUUUCCUGAUGCAUGAGAACUUAAA